GGCUAUUCGAAAUAUUUGGUUUCAUAUUGAGAAAAAAAAUGAUAGACAAUAUACUUGAUAUCAACGUGGACCCACACGAGCUCGAAACUUAUGGCCUAAUUAUGCGCGAAAACACACAAUCAGCGUGAUAAAGACGAGUCAUCAUCAAUUCAUCAUCACCUAACAACAAUUUAUGGGACCAUACGGUGAGUCGACCAAAGGACAACUUCUGUCAAAGGAUUCAGUGCAAAACAAAAGCCGCCAGAAGAUGGUGGAAGAAGAAUUUUUUGCGAGGGAGAGCACUGAGUUCGGCAGAGCUCCAGCUCAGUUUCUGACGUCUCUCGGCCUUUGCUCCGACGACGACGGCUCCUUCUACUCGGCUCCUCGCCGUUCGAUCGCUAAAGCUUAGUCCUCUCGCUCUCUCUUUCUAUAGUUUUCGGCUUUCGGUUCAAUGAAUCGAGCUGAGCUCUCUGUUUUUUCUUGAAUUUUCAGAGGAGAGGCUUCUUCAUCGACUUUCCCCCUUCUCAAUUUCCGUUGAUGUUCUGGACCUUGGUUGUUGCUGUUAGUAAUGACUAAAGUGAAUCGCUGCUUGAAGCUGGCGUAUAUUAGUUCUUUAACAGCGAGGCGUUUUACCUGUUCGACAGAAUGCAUGACUCAGUCAUAGAUAGUUAAUUCCUAUUACAUUCUGCUUACCAACGUUUUGAUGUCCCAUUGAAGUUGCACUGCUCGUCUCUUACUGCAUUUUCCGUAUAAAGUUGAUAGAAAUGCGAUUGUGUGUGCUUUUAGUAUGUCAAGUGCGGGUCAUGUGCGUUUGAUGUUCGCUGUUCAUGCGUGCAUUUGCUGUGUUAACUGACGUUGCAGAUGUACAUGGUAUUACUCCUCUAAGCUACUGGAUGUGAGAAGUUCUGGUACGGAUGACCUACGUAUGACGUUAUAUACAUAGUCCUUGAGGUGCAUAAAUAUGCAUGGUGAGAUGGGCAUGUGUGGGUGUUUUCUGGCCGCUUUUGUUCACAUGGGGAAUGUGAGGAUUUCAAUAUCAUUUCGGUAGUGUUCUAGUUGUGUGAACAUAUCGAGAGAUGCCGCAUUGAUGUUACAUUUGUUUUCCAUCAAAUUGGGGCAAUUCAAGGCUUGAAACAUAUAAAAAAUGAUGGUAUUACAUGUUGCCCUGAUUUGAGUCAAGUAAAGCCAUUAGUUGUCUGGUGUUACUUGUGCAUAAUUGGACCUCCUCGGUAUGUAUAUCCAUGUAAGAAAGUGACGCUUUGGAUUCAUUAUGAUUUCAUAUUGGAUUGUCACAUUGUUAUGCUUGAAGCGUGCUUAAGUUGUCCUAGUAGCUUGCUGUCCGUAUGUAUUUGUGCAGUGAAUGAUAAACUUGCAUUUGUGGCUGGUGGGGUCUUCGUUCGGUUGAAGUGGUUAUUGGCGCUAUCUGUUGGGCCAAUGGGGGUGCCGCUGUCAAUUUUUUCUCAUAUAGGACAAUAGUGCAUGGAUGAAAGUUGCUUUCUUUGAGGUAAAGAAGUUGCGUCUAUUGAGCUAAAUCUUCACUGCAAUAUGUUGACUUCUUCUCAGCUUGCCCAUCAUGCUUUGAGAUUGUAAAAUAUCAGCCCUCGUUUUAUUGGUGGAGUAGUUGGUUGUUCAUCCUUUAAAGAUUAAAAAAUAAAAAAGAAAUGCUAAGAACUUACUAGUUUCAGUUAGGUAGUCAAACCUUUAAGAAUAGGUUUAUUCAUUGUUGGAUGAGGUGGACUUCACAUGGAACCCAACUUUUGACGACGCAAGUGAGAAAUUGUGAAUCCUAGAAUUCAUUCUUUAUGUUGUGAAUUCCCCUCUAGAUCAAGUUACACCAGUCAUUAGGUAAUUAAAGGUAAUUGGAUGUGAUGGUUGAUCUGGCUAGUUUCGCCGGCUGCAAUGGUGGCAACAGCAUUGGAAUGAGUCACCUUGGCAGUGGUGCUGAUGCCAAUGGCAUGGCAGUGGCUGUGGGAAUGGCGGUGCUCUCCCUUGCCCCAUUCCUUUUUUUUUCUUUUAUUAAGCUUAUAUUUGAUAAGAUACAUAAAAAUCUAGACAUAAUUCUAAUGGACAAGUACCAUAGAGAUAAAUAAAUAAAUAAUUAAAAUAUGAUUAAACAUGAAAAAAGUUACACAAACAUUAUUGUUGAUUUUGAGCAAGAGAACAACAGUCAAUGCCGAUUAUUAAAUAAUAUUUUAUUCAAACGAGGGAAAAAAAAAAAACCAUUUGAAAAGUGAAGUAACAGAGCCAAUUUGCGUCCUGGAAAGUCUUGGACUUCUUGAGUUUUUGUUAUAUGCAGCAAUGACAGUGCUAAAAAUUCGCAGCAAGAUGGGUGGCAAUGAUCUGCUGAAGGGUGCUGAGGUAGUAGUCAAUGAUAGGGAGCCACUUGAUAGGAGAAUGCUAGUCCUUUUGAACACGAUUUUCCUGUUCAUGAGUUUUAUGCAUAGACCAUAAUUUCCAGUAGAUCAUACUGUUAGAUGGUUAUUUGUGACUCCUUUACCAUUGCCAGAGUGAAACAAAGCAACUUGCUUAAUGGAUUGUUUGGUGUGGUUGUUGUGCCCGACCCUUUUUCCUUUUUAGCUCAAAGCACGUGCUUUUGUUUUCCUUUUUGAAUAGAGAAAGUUAGCCAUCUCUGAUGACUUGUAGUUGUCUACGAAAUGUCUUGGUCUUCUUAAGUUUAUGGUUUAUGUACAUGAACAAAUAUAUGAUUGUGGAAACUACAAAUAUCUGAGGAUAUUGUCCAACCAUUACAAGACAAGCACUUGUGGACACAAAGUAUUUUCUAAUGAUUCCUCUGACCACUGAUGUGUAUUCUUGAAAGUCUUGGUCUUUGUUUAUUUUUAUUUUUUUGGUAGGUGAAAGUCUUGGUCUUCCUAGCUUUUAUAGUUUUCUCUCUCCCUUAUCUCUUUAUCACUUAGAUUCACCACACCCAUGCCCGUCCCCCUGAUCAAUGGUGUUCUCCUCCUGCUCGUAUGAACUUAGCGGUCGUGCUUGUUGGAGUCCUGUCAUUGAUCUCAUCCCAUUCACCGGUCUGCUCUAGGAAGUUUGCUCGGAAAAGGUCUUGUUUGACAAGUUGAGUUCUUUGGCAUCCGACUAUGCACAACGGGAAGGAACUGACACCACCAUCCUUGAUGACUGUAAGAGGAUGCUAGUCACAAUCAAUGCAGUGGUGGAUGAUGCAGAGGAAAAGCAACUUAGCGGUAAUUGUCUAGCGAAGCUAUGGCUCGAUGAUGUUAGGGACUUGGCUUUUGACAUAGAAGACUUGCUCGAUGAGUUUGACAUCAAAGCCAAUCAAGUUAAGUCGGAGGUGGAAUCCAGAACAAGUAGAGGGCAAUGGAAAAGGAAGUUCUUUUCUUUUACACAACCAGGCUCACUUGUGUCUGACACUAAGGUCCAAGAUAUCAAUGGUAGGUUCGAAGUGAUUGUCAAAAGGAGGGAUUAUCUAAGCUUGAGAGACAAUGUUGUGGACAGAUCCAACUACAUCAGCAGAAGGGAUCCCACUAGUUCUCUACCGGAGCCUCGGUUUUUCGGUAGGGAGAAGGAAGAAAUGGAGAUACUCGAACUAUUGAUCCGUGAGGUCAAAAAUUAUGAUGCCACACUAAGCAUAGUCCCCAUAGUUGGGAUGGGUGGUAUUGGAAAGACGGCCUUGACUCAGUGGCUAUAUAAUAAUGCCAAAGUGAAUAGCUAUUUCGAGAAGAGAGUAUGGGUUUGUGUCUCAGAUGUUUUUGAUGUCUUUGACAUAACAAAGACUAUUUUGCGGUUGAUCACCGGAUUGUCCAGCGAGGGUAAUCUUAAUGAGCUUCAAGUUAAGUUGAAGGAUAGUCUAUCUGGGAAGAAGUUUCUUGUGGUUUUAGACGAUAUUUGGAAUGAGAAAUACGAAAAAUGGACUGCUCUCUUAAAGCCAUUUGAAGUGGGGACUAAGGGAAGCAAGAUCAUCAUCACGACUCGCAACCUUAAUGUUGCUUCCAUAACAAGAGCUUCGCCUUAUCCUUUGAGGGAAUUGUCCUUUGAUAAUUGUGUAAGCUUAUUAGCCUUUCAUGCUCUUGGAGCAACAAAUUUUGAGAGCCACCGGGCUUUUAAAAUAAUAGGGAAGAAAAUAGCUGAAAGAUGUAAAGGUUUACCUUUGGCGGCAAAGAUGUUGGGCGGUGUCCUACGUACUAAAAGUAAUCUUAAUGAAUGGGAAGAUACCUUAAAUAACAAAAUAUGGGAUCUUCUGACUGCACAGAAUGAUGAGGUUCUCCCAGUUUUAAAAUUGAGUUAUGUCCAUCUUCCUUCCUAUUUGAAGAGAUGUUUUGCUUAUUGUGCGGUAUUUCCCAAGGAUUACGAAAUUGAGAGGGAUGAGUUGGUACUCUUAUGGAUAGCAGAGGGACUUUUAGAUGGGCAAAAAGGAAAUGAGAAUAUCUUGAAAUUGGGACGAAAGCACUUUGAUGAGUUAGUAUCCAUGUCAUUUCUUCAACAAUCAAGUAUCGACGCAUCUAAGUUUUCAAUGCAUGAUCUUUUGAAUGAUCUGGCAAAGUCAAUUUUGGGUGGGACUUGCUUUAGCUCGUGGGGGUCUCAGAUGGCAAGUAAUGAACAUGAUGUAUCAUCUCUUGAAAAAACUUGUUAUGCAUCAUUCAUCCCAUCGCAAUAUGUUACAUCAAAAUGCCUGAAACAAUAUCAAGGAAUGAAGACACUAAGAAGUUUAAUUCUAGUCCGUGAUGGAUCUAGUGGGGGCUCUUUCUCUAUUUCCAAUAAGGUGCUACAUGACUUGCUAACAAACUUGAAGUACUUGAGAGUAUUCCCAUUAAGUCGUUGUGACAUUGUAGAGGUACCGAAUUGUGUUGGUGAUUUAAAACAUCUUCAAUAUCUCAAUUUCUCGUACACUGAUAUCAAAAGGCUACCUGAAUCAAUUGUCAACUCGUGCAAAUUACAAGUUUUGAUUUUAAGAGGUUGUCAAAAACUUUCAAAGUUGCCUCAAGGCAUCACAAAAUUGGUCAAUUUACAGUUUCUUGAUGUUAGAGAUAUGAGGAGUCUUAAAGAGAUGCCGUUGGGUAUCGGUAAUUUAAAAGAUCUUAUUAUCUUGUCCAAGUUUGUGGUACGACCAGAGAAAGGAUCACGGUUAGAGGAGUUAAAGAAUUUGCCACAUCUUUAAGGAGAAUUAUUCAUAUCAGAAUUGCAAAAGGUGGAAAAAGUUAGAGAUGCAAUUGAUGCUAAUUUGCAUCAAAAGCAAGGCCUUACCAACUUAUCCUUGCAUUGGGAUGAAAAUUUGGAAAAUCUCUAGAAUCAUGAGCAGGAAGCACAAGUGCUUGACUUCCUACGACCUCACAUUGAUCUUGAAAAUCUCAAUAUUUUGAACUAUGGUGGUGCAAAAUUCCCGUCAUGGUUAGGUGGUCCAUCCUAUUCUAAGAUAGUGUCUUUGUGCUUGCGGGGCUGUCCUAAUGUUAUAUCACUUCCCCCGCUUGGACAACUACCUUCACUAAAGGAAUUAUCUCUCGAAGGUCUACACACAAUAAGAAUGAUAGGCUCUAAAUUUUAAGGAGAUAAAAGGCCUUUCUCAUCCUUAACAACUUUGAAGUUGAAAGAGAUGUUGUCAUGGAAGAAUUGGUCUCCUUAUGUUGGGGGCCCAAAAGAAGAAGUCUCAUUCUCCUGUCUUCAACAUCUUGUUGUCCGGAGUUGUCCUUCAUUGAUUAGGACAUUACCUCGUCAACUUGAUUGUCUCAUAAAACUUGAAAUCCAUUCAUGUCCGCAUUUGAAUAAUUCAACGAAUGAGGUUUGUUUUCCAUCUCUCCGUGAGUUAUACCUUGAGGAUUGUAACAAGGAAAUCUUAAAGAGUUUGGUCAACCUAACUUCUUUGACCAUUCUCAAAAUUGAAAAUCUUGCCAAGCUUGUUUGCUUUGAUCAUGUGUUUAUGAGGUGCUUGGUCAAGCUAAAGCAGCUUCAUAUAGGACGGUGUGACAAGCUUACAUACUUGUGGCAAGAUGAAAGUAUAAUGCUUAAUCUUACUUGCCUUCAAGAAUUAGCCAUUGAAAGAUGCCCUCGAUUCACAUCUUUUGUGGCAGGAGAAGGAGAAGUAGAUCUGCCAUGUGACUUUGAAAGGAUGGAAUUGAGUAAUUGCAUAAGUUUAGAAAAGCUUCCAAGCAAGAUGCACACAUUCAAACAUUUGAUCAUUAGGAGGUGUCCAAAAAUCUUGGGACCAACCAUUCCUCUAGAUGACCCUAACAACAAUAACCUGAUAUCUCAACUUGAGUAUCUGCGGAUUGUAAAUUGUGAUUCUCUAAUAUCUUUUUUGUUUGCCAAUGAUAGACUUACUGCUUUGAAGAAACUUUGUAUUUGUGAGUGCGAGGGAGUGGAGUCGGUGGCAAUGAUCACCAUAGAAUCACUCAAAGAAAUGACAAUUGAUGGCUAUCCAAAUCUAGGAAGCCUACCACAGUGCCUUCACACGCUCUCCCAUCUCGCUCAUUUGGAUAUAA